AUAUGGCGGCACCCGCAGAGCCGCGCUGAGGAGGGAGCGUGGGGGCUGCUUUUCGUUACUCGCCGCGAUGUGGCGUGGCUGUCGUUCGCUGCUAUGGGCCCGCUUCCCGCCCGCCUAUCUCCCCCGACCACCUCCUGUUGCAGCCGGGAACGGCCCGGUGGGACCAGGCGGGGCCCGGGCCUACGCCCCACCGGCAGAGAGGAAGCGGUUCUACCAGAACGUGAGCAUCUCUCAAGGAGAAGUGCCUGCUCCUCUUCGAUUCCCCAGGAUUUCUACUCUGAUUCCCCAGGAGGCUAUGAAAUAAACCUGGACCACCGAAAGCUGAAAACUCCCCAGGCCAAGCUCUUCACUGUCCCCACUGAGGCCCUGGCCAUUGCAGUGGCAACAGAGUGGGACUCCCAGAAGGACACCAUCAAGUUCUACACUAUGCACCUGACCACGCUGUGCAACACGGCGCUGGACAACCCCACGCAGCGCAGCAAAGCGCAGCUGAUCCGAGCGGCCGUCAAGUUCCUGGACACUGACACCGUCUGCUACCGUGUGGAGGAGCCACCUGCCUUGGCAGAGCUACAGAAGAAUGAAUGGGAUCCCAUUGUGGCCUGGGCUGAGAAGAGGUACAAUGUGACCAUUGGCUCCUCGACCAGCAUCCUGGGACCAAACAUCCCUGCCAGCACCAAGGAGACCUUCAUCAGUCAUCUGGCUUCAUACAACAUGUGGGCCCUGCAAGGUAUAGAAUAUGUAAUCACCCAGCUGAAAUCCCUGAUUCUGUCCAUGGGGCUGAUUGACAGGCACAUUACAGUGGAGAAAGCUGUGCUGCUGUCUCGCCUGGAGGAAGAAUACCAGAUUCAGCGGUGGGGCAACGUGGAGUGGGCCCACGACUACGACCUGUGCGAGCUGCGUGCCCGCGCCGCGGCCGGCACCCUCUUUGUCCACCUCUGUUCGGAGAGCUCGAGUGUCAAACACAAGGUGCUGCAGGACUGAGGCUGCUGGCAUGGGGACAGGAGGAAAAUGCCCAGCAGUGAACUGCUGGUGCGACCCAGUGUGACAGUA